AGUGUGACCGCACUGCGCAUAGAACUGUUGCAAACACUUUAUCGGCGAAACCAAAACUAAACAGAAGCAAAGUUUGGUAAACUAUGCUGUAGGCGGACGUAAAUUCUGGAACUGCAGCCGCGCAGGAGCAAGUCGAGAGGAAAAUGGCCGCGGCAAGUGCGGAAAAGCGGACGAGUCCGGAGCACCAGCAGCGGGGAUUGACCACCAAAGUGGCGCUGCGGCGUCUGCAUGAGGAGAUUGAAAGGGUGCUCCACGAACACGAGCGGCAAUACGGCACGGAAAGCUCCUAUCGAAAGUUGCGGGCGGCAUUUGUGAAGCGUUACGACAGCCCACUGGGAUGGCUUUCCAUUGGAGCCAGUUUGCUGGCCAGCGGAGCACUCCUCAUCACGGGCAUGUUGUGGCCGGCUCUGUGCCUCCUGGCCAUCCUGACCCUCGAUCUUUUCGUCGUGGUGCGGGAGAACAACCUGCGGCGCACGGAGAUCUUCCGGAAAACACGACAUGCCAUGGCGGAACUGCAACUGGCGGAGCAGCAUUUCAGCGAUGAUUGGCAGCCAGCUAAUUAUCCACACCUGAGCAAUCCCAUGUCGCCCUGCGUUUCGCUGCAGUGGACCUAUCGUGAUGGCAAGAUUGUCAAUCUGCCCUGGGCUUUGCUUGUGCGCGGAGAUCAUAUUGUUCUACGGCCGGGUCACAUUUCUCCCGGUCCCUGUCACGAACUGGAAUCGAACAAAUUCUUUGCGGCCAACGAAAUCUAUGGCGCAGCGCCGCAUGGCGAUCCUCCCGUGAAGCCAGUGGCCCGGCCGCCACUGCCCGAUCUUGUGUGCUGCCUGGAAGGCACACCCUACCUGGACAACCUCACGGUUUGCUUGAAGCAAUCCCUGAAGCGACCGCCCACCAUCUACAAUCAGCAGCGCUAUCUGCUGGUCACCAAGUACAUACAGCAGUGGGGCUUCAUCAGUGCCCUGGUUAUCACGCUCAUCUCGGGCUUACUGCGACUCCAUGGCUAUGGCCUGCCCACCGACGAGAAACACAACUGGCGCUUCGUGCUCAUCGAAUCCCCGGCGGCGGCUAUUAUACCUCUUCUCCCCCUGAUCUUUCCGCUCAUGUGGAUAUCCAUGAAUCUGUGGGGCAUUGCGAGGCUUCAGUGCUUUCUGAAAACCCCACAGGCUUCGCUGGAGAAGAGCACAAGCAAAUCGUUCGAGGAGGAUCUGGACACGCCUUCGUAUGACUACCAAAAUGUGUCCCUGCUUCGCUCCAAUGUCUUCCGCAUCUGGAUGCAGUUGUGGCGCGGCGAUAGUGAACUGUUGCCGCGCUCAGCCAAUUUGGUACAGGUGCUGGGCUCCAUUUCGGCGCUCUGCUGCGUGGACAAGAAGGGCAUCCUGUCGUGGCCCAAUCCCACUGCCGAAAAGGUAUUCUUUCUGCACAACACCGACGAGGAGGCGCGCGAGGAUGGAGCGGGCAGUCAGUCAUCGUCGCAGAGCGAAAGCGACGAUGUGCCGGAAGUGGAUGAGGAUCACAAGGAGCGGGGCAUAGUGGCCGAAGUGCUGGACCUAACGCACGACCAGCACUGCCCGUUCCGUCUGGAGUUCGACGAUCACGAAUGGAAGGCGCACAUCAAGUCCCUGAAGCCACUGGGCCUGGCCAUUCUGCUAAACACCUGUUCGCCGCUCACACACGAGCAUUAUGCACAAUUCUGCGGCCAUGUCACCGCCGUGGCCAUGCUCGACAAAGAUUUGGUGCCCGUGACUAAUCGACGCUGCCUGUGCGAAUUGGCCAAGCAGAUCGGAUUCACCGACCAUGCCACCGAUCGCUUCGCGCUGGAAGGUCAACUGGCCAGCUACCGGCAUUUGCAACCAGAUGUGGUACGCAGGGACAUUCGCUUCGCCCGGCAGCUGCAGCUGUCCACCAAGGUGAAGGUUCCGUUUCCGCACUCCCUGUCCGUGGUGAUGCGCGAGAAUCCAGGAGGCUAUCUGUCGCUCUUCACCCAGGGAACGGCUGAUAUCAUUUUGGACUGCUGCGACGACUUUUGGGAUGGCAUAGACCUGCGCCCGCUGUCCGCACAGGAUCGGAAAAGGGCACUGGACUUUUACCAGCGCAGUGCGUUGACCUCCUACUGCACGGCCUUCGCCUAUCGUCCCCUGCGGCACGGAAUCCAUGGGGCACUGAGUGGCCCCCAGCGGAGCGGAGGUGAGUGUCUGUAUCUGGAGUUGCCGCCGGAGUCGAAGCUGCGCAUGCAGCAUGUGGACAAGACGCACUGCGACUUCCAGGGCGGCCAUCAUGUGAAGUUGAGCCACAGCAUCAGCACGGAUUCGUUGCUUUUCUCGGAGAGCAAGGACGAGGAGUGCAACGAUGUGGAGGGCUGCUUCGAGAUGCAGUGCCACCAGGUGUUCAUCGGCAUGGUCACGAUGCAGUAUCAGGCACAAAACGACAUUGUUCGGCUGGUCGAGCAUCUGGAGCGGGCCUGCAUUCGCUUUGUGCACUUCAGCAAGGAGAACGAACUGCGCUCGCGGGUCUUCUCCGAAAAGAUGGGCCUGGAGUCCGGCUGGAACUGCCACAUAUCGCUGCUAAGCGAACCGGAGACGGAGAACGAGAAGGAUCGCAGCGCCACUGCCAAGGCAGCCAAGGAGUUGCCGCCGGAACAUAUUGGUAAAGUCCAAGUUACAACCCCAACCACUGCCAUAGCCACAACAGACCAUGAGAACAUGAGCCAUCAUCCCAGUGCCAGAGUCAUGUACAUAUCGCCCCCAGCACCAGCAUCCACAACCGCAAACGAAUUCGAAACCAUAACCGCUGCUAAAACCACUGAUAUUAUAGGUGAUGGCCCUGAGAAAAGUUACCUUCUGGGGCCACCAAACAAUCUGGAGUCCUCGAAAACGCUGAGCUCCUCAGCUCCUGGUGCCAUUUCCAAUCCGGAUGAGUGUAAUCCGCUCAACAGUGACGCGGCCUCUUCGCCGGACAACGAGGGCAGCAAGGACAGCUCGCAGGAGAGCUCUCCGAAGAGUAAGCAACCGAGGGAAACCGAACUGGAGGCGGAAACCGAUCCUGGCAAGCACAAGCAGCAGCGUCAUUCGCUGGACUCGGCCAUGGAUGAAAACUGCCGCUCGCUGAGCACACUCACCGAGAGCACGGAUCAGAGUGCACCCAUCAACUUCGACAUGUCCAACAGGGCCAAGUUGCCGCGAGGCAUUGAGAACAUCAGGCCGCAUUUGGAGCAGGUGGACAAUGUACCGCUGCAGGUCUCCCUCUUCACAGACUGUUCGGCGGAGGCCACGCGCCAAAUGCUGGACAUCAUGCAGUCCUACGGGGAGAUAGUCGUCUGCCUGGGCAGCUCGGCUAGCAAUGCCAAUGCGGAUAUUUUUCUGCAGGCGGAUUGCAGUAUAGCUGUGGAGCCACUGUAUCCGCAGGUGUGCCAGGAUGUAGAUGCCUACACGGAAUCCAAUAUUCAGCACAACAAGCUGCUGUGGCAGCGCCAGUCGAAGGGCAAGGCCAAGGGCAACAACGAUGCGGAGGAGCUGCUGGAGUCGGGUCUGCAGGGAUGCGCCAUGCAGACGCCGGCGCACACCAUCUCACCGUUGUAUCUCAGUCGGCUUCUGAACUCACUGCCCUGCUCCAUUGCCGUCUGUCGCGACGACCCGCUUUCGCUGGUGGCCAUAAUUGAGCUGUCACGACGCUUCUCGCUGGGAUUGUGGAACUGCAUCCAGUACUGGGCCUGCUGCGCCGGCUCCAUCUCCAUCCUAAACGUGCUGUGCGCGUGCCUCUCCUUGCCGCCGCUCCUCACCCCGCUGCUUGCCAUCUAUCUGAUGUGCGUGCCGGUGCCGCUAAUAGCCAUCUCCCUCGCCCACAUCGACGUCGAUCCCAAGAUCAUGAACAGGGCCACCAGCAAAAAGCAGACCGACUACGAUUCGCGCGCUUUUGCCUUUGUCAUGUGGUGCUACGGCUGCAAGUUCAUCGUUCUGGUCGCAACCAUGCUCGUUUCCUACUGGAUGUUUUUAUCUGAGCCAAGACUAAACCCUGCCACAGAAGCUACUGAAGAUACAAUUGCAUUAGAUUUCGAAGCUGACGAUGAUGAUGACGAUGAGGACUUCUACCAAUUUCUUUAUUUCGCUCGAAGCUGUGCCUUGCUGGGGAUCAUACUACACUUUGUUUUUAUAUCCUUUACAUUUGUGCAUCGUGAUCAUGCGCUCUGGCAGCGAAAUCCAUUUACCAAUCGAAUUUGGGCCAUUACCUGCUUAUUGUUGGUCCUCUUCCAUGGUGUAACAUGUUUUGUGCAAUUGCUUUUGGAGGAUUUCGACGAACAGUUGCCCAAAUUGUGGGUGGCCAUGUUGGUCUUGUUUGGCGGAUGUUUGCUGAGCAUGUUUGUCAGUGAGCUAGCAAAGUUCCAGGAGAACAAGGUCAAUGCGCGCUAUCAGCGUCGUGCGCGUCUUGACUUUGGCACCAAAUUGGGCAUGAACUCGCCCUUCUGAGAAUCACGGCUAAGACUAAGACCAAACGAAACGAAAAGACGCCAAUGUUACACACAUGUACUUAGUGCCAAGGCUGUAAAUAACACCACCACUCAACACACGCUAUUUCUUAUUACUUUAACGAUACGAUACAUUACAGACUAACCAUUGGGGUAUUUCAAAGCCGUUUGUUUGACUUUGUUUUUAGAAUCGGCCAAAGUUAUUUUACCCACCAUUUGUACUUCCACGUGUUUAUUUUAGUUUUGCGACAACACAUUUGUUAUUCUUGUUUCUAAAACGGUUUGUUUCGAGUUCCUUGUUUCAAUGAGAGAUAACUUUGUGUACUAACAUUUAAAAGACUUGCAAUUAAUGUAUGAAAUAUAUGUAUGUAUGAUAAAACUGAAAA